CAAUGUAUAGUUUGUACGUUGAUUUUAAAAUUACUGUGACUUCCUUUUCUCUCUAUCUUUAAAGAUAAAUCGUUUUUUUUUUUAUAAAAUGUCCCUAAGCACCAGAGCGCCGUCACCAACUCGAGCUGAUGCGAUUGCCAAAUCUUUGAAAUGUGGUCCAGUAUUUUGUACCGGGGUUUUGUUAGGUAACUGGGUCGAAGACAGAAUAGAGUGUCCGAAAGGAGGCACUCUAUACUUUCCACCUAAAGGAGAAAUAGACUAUGAGAAACUCAAACCUGAAUCGAGACAACCAGAAUUUAGAAUUAACAAAUUAAAUGGCUUGCAGGGCAACGUCCACUCGAUAUAUCGGCACGAUAGUCACGAUGGGUGUGGAAACUUCGCGACGACAACAGACUUGGUGUACAACCAUUUACCCAAGCCGCUGUGUGGUCCGAUUCAACGAUAUUACAAGAGAUGUGCUCACCAGUUUUAUCCUCAACCCGAUCUGAUGAAAUGCUUUGGUAAUGUUACCGAGUGGGGUUUACAAAAAUACCUGGAACACGAGUGGAAAUGUACCGAUGUUUCCGACUAUUCGUCAUCCCUCUACGAAGAUACAUAUACACCCCCGAAGCCGCACCAAUAUUUGCAACUUUCGGAACGUAAAGCGCGAAAUUCGAGCUUCACAAAAACAUUUCGUUUUAAGAUGACGAAACCAAAACAAUGAUAACAUCAAGAAUCAUUUUCUUUACUUCUAAAAAUUAUUAGUCUUUACAUAUCACAUUUUGUUCAAAAGGACAGUGACGUCCAUA